UCACAAAAUGGCUGAACUAUAGAGACGUGUAUUAUUUUCGAGUUAUAUUCGUCACAAUGGAGCCCAAAAAAGUUUAUUAUUCCAACAAAAACAAGUGUACAACUACUUUUUCGAACACAGACGUGUUGAUUUGCGGAGAUAAAUCUUCAUCAGUGUGUAGAACCGACUCGAUUUCAAUCCGUGACCGUGUGUGGUUUUCCCCGAGAGAUAUUCCCUUGAAAUCUUUUGAGAACUAUAAUAAGCGUUGCAGAUUCGUCCAUCGGCCUUCUCCAGAUAUUGUUAAGGAUUUUAGAGUCUCAACAAUGUGUGCGUGAGUGAAAAUGUGUCUGUGAUCUAGUUUACAAGUGUAUAGAAAAUAGUAACAAAAAAAAUGAAUUUUACUCAGAAUUGGCGCGAUAAGCGCACCGAUUUCAGACCCAUGCAUUAUUCCAUUGCCAACUACAGUACAGAAACAAAGAAAGAAAUGAGAUCCGCGUUCGGCGAAGACCUUUUCUUGAACAACCUUCAUCUGAUUCCGGAUCCCUUGAUGAAAAAUUUAGCGGACACAAUUAUCACGGAGGAAAAAAUGGCGCCUAAAUCGAAAUUAGAUAAACAUAUUGAUGUGAAUACGGACGACAACAUGCAUAAUAUCGAAGCUGAUUAUUCUCCACUGUCAGGUAUUACGAGUUUUCUUUCUGGCGUUGUAAACGUGAUUUCGAACGCAGUCUUUAGCAGACUCAGGUCGCCGGACCUGGUUGCUCAGCCACCGGCCCAGAUGGCGCCACCAUCGCUGUGGCAGCCAGCCAAACGCGUGGAUGAAAAUAAAAUGUUACCCGAUGAGAAGUUUUCGGAUGAAAAGUUUAGCGAACUCGCGCCAGACAUGGUUGACUGUAGGACGGCGGUCGCUCACUGUCAAAAUAAGAUCGAGCAGGUCCGCCUUCUCCUGGGCAGCAAGCCUGUGUCCACGCCACCAACCACCUAUCGCUCCCGGAGACGACCUAAACGCGUAUUUGUCGAAGCCAGCUCCGUAGAAGACAAUUUUGAAGAUGCAUUUUCACCAGAAGACUUCGAAAGCCUUGCAAAUGACUCGUACAUCCAAUACUCAAGCCCCGUAUGCUUCCAUGACCAGUUUUUCCACGAGGUAGACAGUCCUAAGGUGAAGACGGAGAUGAGAGUUCCCGCUUCUGUUCCCGGGGCUCCUACUGUCUGUGAGACCACUGAAAUUGUGGCAAAUGUACCUGAAGAUACCGUUAAUGCAAGUAAAUUAGUUAAUAGUAAAGAGGAGUUGGUAUCCUCCUGCGAAGAUAAGCUUAGUAAGUUGAAGGCACUGCUGGCUGAACGUAAGAAGAAAAAGACUGAUGUUGAGCCUGAACCGGUGACCGUACAGCAGACAGAGGAAGUUAAAGAACUGCCUAAAGUUAAAACACCAACAAAAGUCAAGGAUAAGCGAUUUAAGAACCCCAAUCGCACUUGUAGUAAGCGCAUGAAGUCUAAAAUGAGGAAAAGUAUUGAAGAUGACUUACGUUUUGCAAAUGAAAUCAAUAUUGAUGAUUUUUCCAGUGUAGAAAACUCACCGUCUAUGGGUUGUUUGGAGAAAUAUGUCAUGCAUUUCACUCAGCGUUCCGUUGAGACACCAACGCAAACCGAAAAGGAGUUUUUCGAUGAAGUGUCAGGACGGUUCCUCCCUGGUUCCGUAGAGAGUGAGGAUUCCUUCCAAAUUGUCUUCAAUGACUGUCCUAAGCUGCGGAGAACAUCGGACUGUGAAUCUGAAGACUCUUUCAUCGUCUUUGAAGAUUCUCCAGACAGUUGCUACACAUCCAACGACGUCUUCGGAGAGACAAGUGAUGAUGAUGAUGAGUACGACAGCGAUUCAGACGUCAGUCAGUCUGGUGAUUCAGGGUGUGGUGAUUAUCAGUUCAAUUUGGCUGCGUCUUUAUCUAAAAGUGUGUGUAACCUGACUGAUGCGAGCUUGUAUGCGGAAGGGGCUGAUGAAGUGGACUUUGUGGAUGAUACCGCAGUCAGUCAACCGGAGGAGGUGGAGACUGAAGAUCUGAAGACUGGAUUGCUCAUUGAUGAUCGGAAGAAACAGCAGCGGAAGGGAUUACCACCUAAGCGGGUGCAGUUCUCAUCAGCACCUCCGAAGGUUCACGUGCUUCGUGUCUGGGCGUUCGCAGCUCGCCAGGCUCGGGCCGGUCAUUGGGAGAGAUACGCUCUUGAUCGGGACCGCUUCAAGCGAAGAAUCGCCGACGUGGAAGUGGCCGUAUCCUGGGUGCUCCGACCCCAACACCGUUCCCGCAUCAUGUUCCAGCGUUUCAUGCCGUGGUGGAACCGCCUCAAGCGGGAGGAACUCGCCGAGAAGCGAGAGCGAGAAGAGCGAGCUAAGCUACAGGAGUUGGAAGAGCGAGCGAAGCAAGAGGAGCUAGAAGAGCGCGCGAAGCAAGAGGAGCUAGAAGAGCGCGCGAAGCAAGAGGAGCUAGCUGUUGUAGAUGUCACGCAGGAUGAGCGAGCGAAACGACAGGAGCUGGCUCUUGAAGACGUCACGCUAGAAGAGCGAGCGAAGCCAGGGACUGUUGAAGACGUCAAGCAAGAAGAGCGAGCGAAGCAAGGGACUGUCUACGAAGUUACAAAGCAAAGUAAGUCAGUAGAGCUUGGUGUCACAUCUCCGGUCGAUAAAGUUGAUGAUAGUUGCCUAAAUUCACCGCUAGAUGGAGCUGAAAACACCAUUGAUAAUAUUAAAACGCCAGAAGAAAAUAUUAAAAAUGAUAGUAAGUCGCUUUGUAAGAAGAAUCUUGAAAUAAUUCCGGUAAAUGAUAAAUUGUUGAUUUUGAAAACAGAUGUCACUCAGGCGAUUGACACUUGACAUAAUUUUAUUUUAAAAUUGUACGGUAUUGGGUAGAUUAUAAGUAGAACUAUAUGAAAAAUCCCGGCUUUUAAAAGCAUAUAUUGCAUACAAAAACCUUCCUCAUAAAUCGGUCUGUUUAUUGGUGAAAACCACAUGAAAAUCUGUGCUGCAGUUUUGGAGUUUUUCGCGAUCAAAAAUUUAGACGCAGCUGGGGAUGUAUUAUUU